UUGGGUCUUUGGAAUGCAGAAGGUACAUUGUCGUUCUCGACGCGCUGGCAUCUUUAUGUGUCCUCGUGUAAAGUGGGUCCACGCCAGUACAUCCCAUGUAAGAGUAACGCCUCUCACGUAGGCCGGUCGACUCGAAAGUGCAAAUAUUAUUGUUAUUUUUAAAUAUAUUUCUUUUUGUGUUUACUCUCGAGACAUUGAUAUCUAGUGCAGUUAAUCCCUGUGUGAGUGAUUUAUGAUAAACGGAUUGAAAAAUCUUUGGCGGAAUCAAAUGAUCUAACCUAUGUUAAUACCACUGACCGACCUCGGCGCACCCUGAAGAGGCUCUAAUUUUCGUUUCAGAUAGAAGGCGAAGUCAGCCGAGCGAGCUUCGAUCGCGGGAGCCUAAAUAAAUCUACUAGAUAAAAUAUCCAGGACUUAAUAUUCAGUGAAAAUCAAAAUGACGCAUUAUGCAAAAUAUAUUUUACUGCUGUCGUUACUAUCAAUCAUUCACGGUUCCCCGUAUGACGACGGGAAAUAUAACCCGAGAAAAUACCAAGUUUCCGACGACGGACGGUAUUAUCGGCCUUUAGGCGAAGGAAAAUACGUCAGAGGCGAUGAGGGCAAAUACACGUAUGUUUAUAGACAAGGUCUGUAUCCCGAAGAUGACGGAGACUACAGAUAUAUACACCAGGAGGGUCCAAACGGAGGGUUUGGGGGCAACGGCGGGUUUGGAGGCAAUGGAGGAUUUGGAUACGGAGGAGGAGACGGAAAUGGAGAUGGGUAUGGAAAUGGAGAUAGGUACGGCGACGGAAGCGGUCAAGAUGAUUCGUCAUAUAAGCCAAAUAAAAUCGAUUACGGGAGAAAGAUCUACGCAGAGCGAUACCCUCAUCUCCACAAGAUCAUCAAAGCGUUGGUCAACCAGUACGUGUCUCCGGACUACAUCGGCUUCGGCGACGAGUCGCAGGGCAGCUCGGCGCACUACAACAAGGCGUAUGCCGAUAACGAGGUGGCUGUCAAGUGCCACUACCUGUCGCCGACGCAGGAGAAUGCUUCGGAGUUCGUUACGCAGUACCCACCACGUUUAAAUUCCCUGCCUGGGGAUAAACCGGGGUCCUUCUACAGCUUCAAAGGCACAAAGAUCCUCAGCACAGUCGCCAAUUCUCAUCCGACCAAGCUUAAUCUGGAGUACGAAGUGCUCGUCAGGGUGAUCGAUGUUACUGAAUAAACAUUCAAUUGUUUAUUUA